AUGCGCCUGCCCCUGGAUGCUGGGCGUGGCCAGGUGAAGUCCACCAAGGAGGAGCUGGUGCCCGUGCCGCCGCCGCCUCCGGCCAUGCUGAAGCCGCUGGACCAGGUCGAGCUGAAGAUUUUCAGGGACCAGAGCAUGUACCCGAAGGAGUUCGAGGAGGAGAGGGAGGGCUUGCACAAGAAGCACAAGUUUGUCGACAGGACGUCCGAGGAGGUCUUCUACCCCGUGUUGGUGGGCGAGGGUGCCGCACCCGCCGCCGCCUCGGGGGCUACGGACCCCGAGGCCACCACCGAGGCGAUGGCCGCUGCCGCAGGUACCCCCGCCACCAAGGGCCCUGUGAGGCAGCCUCGCAAGGAGUUGCCGCCCGACGAGCUCAAGGAGAAGAGGCGGCAGCGGCGGGUCAACCGUAAGGAGAAGAAGCGUGGUCGACAGGCUGGUGAUGUUCUGCAGUCGGAGCUUGACGUGAUCGCAGCGCGUGAUAGUGAUGAAGGCGAGGCCGUUCCUGAAGAACUUCAGCAAGAAGAUUUCGCGGUUGCCGACGAGGCUGGUGGAGCCUCUCCAGAUGAACGUGGAGGAGAUCUUGCGCUAUCAGAAGAUGUGCACGUACAGGCUGCUGCUCAUGGUGCGGAUGCUCCUUCGGAGCUUCGUGAAGGCGUCGACGAUUUCGACGAGGGCUCGGAGCCUACCGGAGAAGCAGAGCACGAUGCGGGAGCGCACAUUGCUGGUGGAGAUGACUUCGGCCUGGACCCGCUUCUCUUGCAAGGCUGGGUGCAGCAGCUCGUCGAAGGCGAGAUCGACACGAACGAGUUGAACAAGCUCGUGAAGUCGGCCUUGAUUGCGGCGCACUCUUGA